GGUGCCGCUCAUUUCGAAUUCCGCUUUUGAUCUGCUCGGUUGUGUUUCUGGCCUUUUCGAAAAAUAGCCUUUGCUGUCGUCGGAAAAGCGGCUAGCCGGGUACCGUCGUCGGAGUGCGGAAAAACACACAAGUCAAUAAAUACAACAUAUAGUGCCAGUGAACUGCCAAACACAAAUCACCGAUUUCCACGAAUCGAAUUUUUGGCAGUUUUUGAAAAUAAAUGGAAUAGUGCUAGAACCAAGGAAUACAUCAUCCAAGAUCACAGUGUUUUGAAAUCGAGAAACGCCAACCGUUAGUUCUUGUCCAUUGGCUUCUUGGCGCGAGACGGGGCACAGUAACACGAAAUAAAAUAAAAUAAAGUUUUAAGAUCCGCGUACUUAAAAAUAAACACCGAAAUGUGGCGCGUGCACGUGUAGCUUGCAAAAAAAAAAAUACAAAAAAGAAAUAGAAAGAAAACACAACAAAAAGCUCAAGAUGCGAAAAGCGAGUAGCCAAACCAUGUGCGACAAAAAAUAAUCGCGGCCAGCAAGUUACCAAAAAUAAAAUACAAUAAACAAUUUGAGUAGUUGCUGCACACCCACACACACACACACACGUGGAUUACUACACUUACAAGCGACACUCAUCUAAAUUCCCAACUUCAUCCACCUCCAGAAAUCAAUAAACAUGCAUUGGAUUAAAUGUUUAUUAACAGCAUUCAUUUGCUUCACAGUCAUCGUGCAGGUUCACAGUUCCGGCAACUUUGAGUUGCGACUGAAGUACUUCGCCAACGAGCAUGGGCGCGACCAUGAGGGACGCUGCUGCAGCGGGGAGACGGACGCGGCGACGGGCAAGUGCCUCGGAAGCUGCAAGACGCGGUUUCGCGUUUGCCUGAAACACUACCAGGCCACCAUCGACACCACCUCGCCGUGCACCUAUGGGGACGUGGUGACGCCCAUUCUGGGUGAGAACUCGGUCAACCUGACCGACGCCAAGCGUUUGGAGAACAAGGGCUUCUCCAAUCCCAUCCAGUUCAGCUUCCAGUUUUCCUGGCCGGGCACCUUCUCGAUGAUCGUCGAAGCCUGGCACGACACGAAUCUGACCGCCAAUGCGCGAUCCAAAAGCAAACUCAUCCACCGGCUGUUGGUGCAGCAGGUACUGGAGGUGUCCUCCGACUGGAAGUCCAACAAAUCGGAAUCGCAGUUCACCUCAAUGGAGUACGAUUUCCGUGUCACCUGCGACUCAAACUACUACGGAUCCGGCUGUGCCAAGUUCUGCCGGCCCCGCGACGACUCAUUCGGUCACUCCACCUGCUCGGAGACGGGCGAAAUUAUCUGUCUGACCGGAUGGCAGGGCGAUUACUGUCACAUACCGAAAUGCGCCAAGGGCUGUGAGCAUGGACACUGCGAGAAACCCAACCAAUGCGUUUGCCAGCUGGGAUGGAAGGGAGCUCUGUGCAACGAAUGCGUCAUUGAACCCAACUGCAUCCAUGGAACUUGCAACAAGCCCUGGACCUGCAUCUGCAACGAGGGCUGGGGCGGUCUCUACUGCAACCAGGAUCUCAACUACUGCACGAAUCACAGGCCCUGCAAGAACGGCGGCACCUGCUUCAACACCGGCGAAGGACUCUACACUUGCAAGUGCGCCCCCGGAUUCGUGGGCGAUGACUGCGAACGGGAGAUCUACUCGUGCGACGCCGAAGUUAAUCCCUGCCAGAAUGGCGGCACCUGCGUGGAUGAGCCCCCGACGAAAAACGGCUACAAGUGCCACUGCCCCAACGGCUGGAGCGGCAGGAUGUGCGAAGAGAAAGUACUGACCUGCGCGGACAAACCCUGCCACAAGGGAAUCUGCCGCAACGUGCGACCCGGUCUGGGAGGCAAGGGUCAGGGCUACCAGUGCGAGUGUCCCAUCGGCUACAGCGGACCCACCUGUGAGCUCCAGCUAGACAACUGCAGUCCGAAUCCCUGCCAGAACGGAGGAACCUGCCAGGCGAAUGGAAACUGCGUGUGUCCGGUCGGAUUUUCGGGUCCCAAGUGCGAAACCAACAUCGACGAUUGCCUGGGACACGAGUGCGAAAACGGCGGCACCUGCAUCGACAUGGUCAACCAGUACCGCUGCCAGUGCGUACCCGGAUUCCAUGGCACUCACUGCAGCAGCAAAGUAGACCUCUGCCUGAUCAGACCCUGUGCCAACGGAGGAACCUGCACGAACCUGAACAACGACUACCAGUGCACUUGCAGGGCAGGUUUCACCGGCAAGGACUGCUCGGUGGACAUUGAUGAGUGCAGCAGCUCUCCCUGCCACAACGGCGGCACCUGCAUGAACCGGGUCAACUCCUUCGAGUGCGUCUGCGCCAACGGUUUCCGCGGCGAACAGUGUGACGAGGAGUCCUACGCCUCCGUCCCCUUCGGCGCCCACCAAUACGGAGCUGCCACCCACCAAGCCAGAGCUGACGGCCUGACCAACGCCCAGGUGGUCCUGAUAGCCGUCUUCUCGGUGGCCAUGCCCCUAGUGGCCGUCAUCGCCGCCUGCGUGGUGUUCUGCAUGAAGCGCAAGCGCAAGCGUGCCCAGGAGAAGGACGACGCCGAAGCCAGGAAGCAGAACGAACAGAACGCAGUGGCCACCCUCCAUCACAAUGGCAGCGGAGUGGGUGUAGCUCUGGCCUCGUCCUCUCUGGGCGGCAAGACGGGCAGCAGCAACGGACUCACCUUCGAUUCGGGCAAUCCCAACAUCAUCAAGAACACAUGGGACAAGUCGGUGAACAACAUCUGCGCCUCGGCUGCUGCGGCAGCGGCGGCGGCAGCUGCGGCGGACGAAUGCCUGAUGUACGGUGGCUACGUGGCCAAUCCGGCGGACAACAACAAUGCCAACUCGGAUUUUUGUGUGGCUCCCCUGCAGCGGGCUAAGUCCCAGAAGCAGCUCAACACAGAUCCCACGCUGAUGCACCGCGGCUCACCCGCCGGCAGCUCCUCGAAGGGCGCUCCGGGAGCGGCGGAGGGCAAGCGGAUCUCCGUGCUCGGCGAGGGAUCCUACUGCAGCCAGCGCUGGCCAUCCCUGGCGGCGGCGGGAGUGGCGGGUGCCUGCUCCUCCCAACUGAUGGCCGCCGCCUCGGCGACGGGCAGCGGAGCGGGGACGGCGCAACAACAGCGGUCCGUCGUCUGCGGAACUCCGCACAUGUAACUCCCCAAAGCCGGAAGAGAUCUCGAGGAUCUGUUGGAGCCAACAGCACAAACACAAAGAAAAGACUGGGUUGGGUUCGAAAUGUAAGAGAGACGCCAAAAUAUUGUUGUUGAUUGAAGCAGUUUUAGUCGUCAAAAGCAAAAGAUAUAUCUGUAACAGGCAUAACUCGUGAAACUCCCUGCACACUCUACAAUAACUACCAAAUCUGUAACCAAAGCCGUUUCGACAAUAUUGAAAGUAUUUUUUAAAGAUUUUAUUAUUGCAUUGGCAUUUUUUAAACCAAACCUAUAUAUGUCCCAACUGGCCAAUGGUAACAGAUUUCGUAACCUUGGACAUAAUCAAAGGACUGACGCAAGCACAAAGUAAUACACCAUAAAGUCUGCCGUAUUGAAAAAAUUGAAAUUCGGGCCUCUAAAAUACCCCUCUAAAAAACUACUACUUGACCAAUUGCUAGAUAGAAUUUAGAUCAAGACCAAGAACCACACUGGACGACAGAGUCAGAGGGAUGACUCUGCACACGUUUUGACGUUUUGCAUGUUACUGAAAAAUCUGCUUCAAUUUAAUCUAUUUUUUUCACCUAGUUCGAUAUGAAUUGUAAAUAGUAAUUGUAGCCUACAUUAGCCUACGUUCGACUAAAUGUAAUCUAAUGCUAAAUGAUUGAAAAGAAACCUCCUCAUUGACGCCGCACCACACCGGGACUGCUUUUCUAUGCAAGGCAGUUGACCGGAUCGGGCGAUUUGUAUAUAGUACUUAUAGGUCACAUCGAUAUACGAAAAGGAUAAGAGAAAAAACAUGAAAAGCCACACAAAAAAACUACAUAAAUUGACUAUCUCGACUAUUUAGUUCUAACUAUGUAUUUGUAAAUGUAGCGAAUCGAAGAAACCCUAAACUUAACUCGACCCUAGCUUAAUGUUAAUUUAAAAAGACCCAAAACAAACAAAC